AUGGCAAGCGACUAUGCAGCGCCUACUGCAGGUCCGUCUUCAGCAUCCGUUGCCAAUGCUUCGCCGCAGAAGUUCGCCAGUCCGCCCGUCGCUCUGAGCAAGCGCACUUCGUCGCGCAAUGCGUUGAGCGAGAGUUAUAACGGCGGGAAGGAAUCGCCGCCUACGACACCGCCGCCGAAUGCGCGCAGGCGGACCAAGUUGAAGGAGAAGGGGAAGCAGACGGCCAAGGCGCAGACGAACGCGGAGGAGUACAGUGCUGUGAUUGAUAACAGGCAUUCGCAUGGUUUGAGCUGGUCGAGCACGACGCGGGACAGUGUGGUCGACAACUUGCUCUUCUCGUUGGAUAACCUUUCGCGGACGGACGUACGAGACGAGGAGGACCGCGCGAUUGAGGCCGCCGACUUCGAUCGACAAAAGUACAUGUUGCCUUUCGCUCCGCCGCCGCGGCCAACCAUCGCCAAAACGCAACGACCGCGCGGGCAUACUUAUUCGAGCUCUUCUUCCAGCGUAUACGAGAGGCCGGGCAUGAUGGACUCGCCUAGUACUUAUUCGGGCACGCCAAAGGGCAGACGGAGCAACAGCAGUUCGAAUUUUGGGAUACAGCACAACAUGAGCGCGAAGGUGCGGGCGUCAAGACAUCGAGGAGCGAGCAGUCUGAGCACGGAUACUUCGACGAUUGGCUCGAAUGGACUGCUGGGAAGAGAAAGUACAGACAACAAGCCGACGUUCGACAGAACGAGCUUGGAGUACGGCUACAGCACAAUCACCAGCCCGAGCAAUAUCAAGCGCAAUAGGCGGUCGUUGAGCAUGAGCCAGAUCCACGAGAUGUUCGCUACAUCGGAGGGUGAGAGCGGUGCCUCCAUGAUCAACCGCGGUAGGCCGGUGCCUUCGGUAUACAGCCCCUUCGAUGUGGAUGGCAAUGCUGCGCCGGAACCUACGAUCGCUGCCGGUCCGCGCAAGCAGCAGAACCCGACUGCGGUCGGGCCUGUGUACGUCAACCAGGCACCAAAGGGCUCUUCGAUACGCAAAGUCACCACGCACACCGACCUUCGAUCGAGCAGCAUGCCAAUGCCCUCGCAAGCCAUACCGCAAAGCAUUCGCAAUCAGGCGGACGAGUUCGUGCGAGCGAGCAGUAUGCGUGGCCAGCCCUCCAUUCCAGGUCAGGAGAAGCCGCUUCAGAGCCCGUCACUGCAGCCUCCUCAUGGACCAAGAGCAGCAGGCUCAAGUCGCGAACGGCCUGGCUUCUUCAAGCGCGUGUUUGGGAGCAGCUCAUCACGAGGGUCGAAUGACAGAGUUGAGACACUGGGAUAUAGCGACCUCGUGGGAGCACCUGAACGGAACAGCAGCUCUGGUGGCGGGACACAGCAUCCACGCACUGGAACACGGCGUUCAUCCGCCAGAGAUAUUCCGCAGACGAGUGGAGGAUCCUCUCACCCACCUGUUGCACUGAACAAGAAACCAUCGAGUUUCUUCCGGCGAAGGAAGAAGUCCACUUCAGAGCUCAGCCCGCCGCCACCACUACCGCUUGGGAUCGCCAAUGCGAAGAAGACCGGUUCCGGAGCGGAUAGUCCUAGUGCAAGCAGCCUUUGGAAAGUCAUGGAUCCGUAUCUGGCUGGUGAGGAUGCGCCACCGGUUCCUUCUUCACUGUCCAAGGAGAAGUCGAAGGAGGACGAGUCGUCACGGCCUACCACGAAUGAUUCAACAGAGGAUUCGGACAAUCUGGACAUCUUUCACUCUGGUUACACACCGCCUCCUGAUGCUUCACUCGGAAGGCGCAACCCACUCACAAGGAUGUCUUCUGAUACUGAGAAGGGUCACGCGAGGGAAGACAGUGGAGCGGCGAAGAUGAAGGUGAAGAAGAAGAAACAGGACACCUUAUCCCCGUUGCAGCAAACGAGUUUCCUGUUCAACUCGCACAGCAACGAGAAUCUGCGUGUGACGCCGCCACCCAUCUCUCCUGCGUUGGUCAGUCCGAUGGCAAGGGAGGUGUCGCCUGUAGAUGAGAGUGGGGAGGACAGACGGCCGGUCAGUAGGGCGAGCACUGGUGAUGGGAUCACCGGUUCUCAGGCUGUCAGCCCAAUGGAGGAGGAGAUGGAGGCGAGCCAGCAUGCACGAGAAGGGAGCGACGGCGACGGCGGCUUCGUGAAGCGGAGCAUCGACCUGCGCCCAGAUUCGAAGAGAGGCGAGCGCUUGCUCCUCAUACCCACGGCAUCUGAGGAAAUGCUGGGUUACAGUUCGAAGGAGCUGGCGACUGUGAUUGAGUCCGGCUCGCCGACGAAAGAGGACAGUUCGCAGCCGACUUCAGCGAAGAGUCCGGCGUUCCACACGGCAACUUCUGCCAAUUUUCCGAAUGAAGUGCAUUCGCCUACGAGUCCGAGCACGCGCUUCCAUUCUGCUGCGAGCCUUCCGCUUGUGCAGAUCGAUGGUGCCGACCCUCGAAAAUCCGUCGAAGCAAAUGGCAUGACCGUCGACACUGGCCCUGCCGAGCCCGUCCCAGCCCUCCCGACAGACGUCACAGACUCGAACGCCGAAUACCGUGAGCGCGCACGCAAGAUCUUCGACGGCGACGAAGAAGACGUCAGCAAAGCUGAAGCCUCCUCCUGGCUGGGCGAGAGGAACACGCUCUCCACGAAGACCCUGGAAGCGUACAUGAACCUCUUCGACUAUGCCGGCUUCAGCAUCCUGGUCGCCUUGCGGCUGCUUUGCGGUAAGCUGACUUUGAAGGGCGAGACGCAGCAGUUCGACCGAAUAAUCAAUGCUCUGUCUGCACGAUGGUGUGAGUGCAACCCGCAUCACGGCUUCAAGGCGCAGGAUGUCGUACACACGAUCUGCUACUCGCUCAUCUUGCUGAACACGGACUUGCACAUGGCGGAUAUUGGCGAGAAGAUGUCGAGGUCGGCGUAUGUGAAGAACACUCUGCCGACCAUCAGAAGAGUUGCGGCGGAUGCGGCGCCCAGUGCCUUCGAGGAGACUGUCAAGCCUAAACCGAAUGCAUCGAGGCCAACACUGCCAUGGAGCGAUUCGAGCAACACGAUCCAGCAACUUUCGCCGAGCGAGCGGACGAGCUUCGAGCACGAGCGGCCCCGCCAGUUGAAGAGGUUGAGCAUACGGCCGAUGAUGGACCGGCAGGACUCUGACAACGGGACGCCAACGGAGAGUGCGGGUGGUGGAAACAAUGCAUUCAAUGCGCUGGUCAAUCAGCCGUGGAGCGGAUCACCGAAAGGCUGGGAACUGGAGCUCGAGAAUAUCCUGAAAAGCUUCUACGCUUCGGUGCGAUCGGAUCCGUUGCCAUUACAUGGCGGACCAGCCAUGCCUGAAAAUGUGCCCGCCGAACGGAAUCUCAGCGUGCAAAACUUCAACUCCGGAUUAAAGAGGACUGGCUCGCUGAUCAGCAAGGCACCGAGUGACAAUGCGUCUUUCCGCUCCAAAGCUGGCGGCUUCCGCACCAUGACUAUGGGUUUCCAGAACAAGUACAAUCGCUCCAGGCCUAAGCUGUAUCCGAACAGCACUUAUGGCUCGUCUGGUACCUCCUUCGACGAUGGCAGUGUCUGGUCGCCUGCGCAGAGCAGUGCGUGGAGUAAAGGGUCGGCCUCACGGACCCUGACCAGUGCAUCAAUGCAGAGUCUCGGCACGCACUUCUCCAGCGCUGGAGGGGACUUCAAGCACUCGAUUGGGUUUGCGAAUGCGUUAAGCCAGGCCAUCAUACGCGAAGAAAACGCCUUCACGCAGAGCGAUGGGGAGAGCGUAUCCAUGUCCGUUCCAGGUGGACUGCUCGAAGACGAAUCACUAGCCCUCGAAGGCGCCCCAUGGGCGAAAGAAGGUCUGGUACAGCAUAAACACCACCUCGAAGCCUCCGGCAAGAAAGCGAAAGAGCGCAGCUGGAACGACUGCUUCGCUGUGAUAAGCAAAGGCAAGCUCACGCUGUUCAACUUCAACACUACCUCCAACAGCAAAUCAAUCGGCAGGAAAGCCUUCACGAAACCUCAAUCCAACGGCCGUGCAGCAACUGCCAACGUCUCAGGCCAAAGGGUAGGCGGAGGCGACUGGAUGGAGAACGCCGAACAACUCGCCGUCUUCGUUCUGCGCCAGACCAUCGCUUCCGUCCUCCCGCCCCCAGGCUAUGGCAAGACGCGCCCGAACGUCUGGGCCUUGUCCCUGCCAUCAGGAGCGGUCCACCUCUUCCAAGUCGGCACCCCAGACAUCGCCGCCGAGUUCAUGAGCUCCGCGAACUAUUGGUCCGCCCGCCUGAGCAAGGAACCUCUAAGUGGAGGCGUAAGCAACAUCGAAUACGGCUGGAGCGACAACGUGAUCAACCCCGCCCUCCUCGAACCCUCCCGCUCCGAAGCCGCAUCUCCCACCCCUCCGUCAUCCUCCCACCCGCCAGGCUCAAUGCAGAAUCGUCCCCACCACUCACACUCCAACUCCUCCGGCGCCGCGGGUCUUUCUCGCCCCUCCUUCCAGUCAUCCCUGCGCGGGAGUUUCGAUACAGGGUUCGGUGGGGCCCAUCGUGUGAGAUUGCCGGGCGAUAAGGUACAGAUGGCGGAGUGGACGCCGCCGACGCAGAGUAUGAUGGCCUCGCAGCUGAUGGAGGUGGAUCAGCUAAGGGCUUUGCGGGCGUACGUGGCGGGGGUGGAGGGGGAGUUGAAAGGGCAUAAUGAGUUGAAGGGGGCGAUUGAACUUGCUUACUCCCCCCGCCAAGCAAACCACACCCGCGCCAUGGCCAACUGGCAGCGCAAAUCCGACCACCUGCUGCGCGAAAUCGUCAAGUUCCAAACCUACGUCGACAGUCUGGCCGCCGCGCAAAAGGCCAAAGACGCUUUCUAUGCAAGGAAAGAGGCGAAGGAGGCGGAGCGGAGGGCGAGGGAGGAUGUGGUGGCGCUAGCGGCGGCGGCUGAGACGCAGGGGUCGGUUUCGGGGGUGAGUACGGGGAGCACUGGGACUGGCUCGUAG